CACCACAUACUUUCACGUUGUUUGACACUGGCCUACAGCUAGAAAUGGGACACCAAAUGGGACCCCUGGCCUACAUGACACCGUCACCCUCCCUUUGGAAAGUGGACUAAAACCCAAAGGGAAAAUACCGAUGUUACUUUCCCUGCUUUCCUGCUUCUGCGUUGUCAAAGGCUGUGGAACCCCCAGGCCCAGCUUAGGGAGCGGCGCUUGAUACCACCGCAGCCCGGGCUGGGCUGUGAGAGGCUCUGGGACAGCAAAGGGAACAACCGCCAACCGUCACCCACCAACUGCCAACCGCCACCCGCCCGGCCCGCUGCCGAGCUCCCGAGCUUCCGUCAGCCUGCGGAGGCGGCGGGGCGGGGUUCCCGCUGCCUGUCAGUCAGUCCGUCAGUCCGUCAGUCAGUCCGUCAGUCCCGGCGCUCGCCCCCCCCCCCCCCCAGCCGGCCGCCCGGAAGGCUGCUCGCCGCCGGAGCGGGAUGAAGCUGCGCAGCGAGGGGCUGCCGCGGGCCGGCAGCGGCCAGCCCGUCCCCGGGGGGACAGCAGAGAACUGCAGCCAUGCUGCUUUAUUUACAAAAGCAGAGGAGCUGUUGGCGAAGAGAAUGGCAGGUGGAGACCCUCUGGCACGUUUUCUGAAAGGACAACUGUACUACGAAGAGGGGUUGUAUGAAGAAGCAUUAAUACAAUUUGAAAAAAUCAAGGCUACAGAUUUUCAAGCAAUGUAUCAGCUUGGCGUAAUGCAUUAUGAUGGACUAGGCACUAAAGAAGACCCUGAAAAGGGAGUGGAAUGCAUGAAGAAAAUACUCGACUCCGAUUCCCCAGCAGCAAGACACUUGAAGUUUGCAGCUGCAUACAAUCUUGGCAGAGCGUAUUACGAAGGAUAUGGUGUUAAGCAGUCAACUAAAGAGGCUGAAAGGUUGUGGCUUAUUGCUGCAGACCAUGGGAACCCAAAAGCAAGCGUGAAGGCCCAGAGCACUCUAGGAAUGCUUUAUUCUGUAUCAGUUCUAAAAGAUCUGAAGAAGGCCUUUUUCUGGCAUUCAGAAGCCUGUGCCAAUGGAAGCCUGGAAUCACAAGGUGCACUUGGUGUUAUGUACCUCUAUGGACAAGGUAUAUGUCAAAACACUAAGGCUGCUUUGGAGUGUUUGAGAGAAGCAGCAGAACGUGGAAACAUCUAUGCUCAAGGGCAUCUUGUGGAAUAUUAUUACAAUAGAAAAUUUUACUCAACUGCUGCUGCAGUAGCCAAAAGGAUUACAGAAAACGACAACAUUGACGAGCUAGCAGAGGUAACCGAUUGUCUUCCCACAUAUGUAGCCAAGGGGGUUGCUAUGGCUGCUUUCUACUUGGCUAGAUGCCUCCAGCGAGGCCUAGGUGUACAGCAAGAUCCAGCCACCGCUAAAAAAUACUAUUCUAAGGCAUGCCUUCUGGAUCCUGCUGUUGCUUCUGACCUCGAACUGGCAGCUAAUCUUGGGAGAAUCUAGUGUGUUUCCUUUAACUGUAACUGGUAUAUAAAUGUAUUUCCUACAACAAACCAUCUUGAAUCUCCAGCAAUUAUAGACUGUUCAUCGCUUACUGCUUGCUUUUCAACUUUCUGUAAAUUAUUAGAGCAAUUUACUGAUUCUUUUUUACCUAAAAAAAGAGAAAGCAAAAAGCUCACAUUCUUCCUUUAGCUGAGAUGAGGCAAAGGCCGACUUUUAAAAUAGCAUUGAAGACUUAGGGUUUAUUAAGGACAUUUUACUGGGAUAGGCGUCCUGUUUUCUCUUCAUGUCAUACUGCUAUACAGCAUGUGAAUCAAACUGAAACCAAAUAAAAAUGGUUGUUUCCUUUUCUGCA